AUGUGUCUUAGCACUUCAACUGGACAGUUGAUAUGUUUUCAUUGUGAUGACUGUGACGUUCUGUCCAUGGGUGUGGUGCAGUGUGGUGCCGAUCGGCCAAUGCUUCCAUUCCCGGAUAAUUCUGAGUCGACUACUAUAAUUCCUCCUACGAUACCGACGGUUGCUCCCGAAACAACCACAAUUAACCCUCCGGAAGUUCCGACGAUAGUACCGGAGACCACGACCACGAGCGUUGCGCCAGAGACGACUACAACAAUUUCUUCCACAAUUCCUACAAUUAAUCCGGAAACUACCGUUGAAACUACCAUUCCUACUGCACCUGGCGAUCCUAUUCUUACUCCACCAACUCAUCCAACGUUCACGCCGCAGCCAACAUCAACUACACAGGGUGGACCGAUUCUGACGCCUCCAACCCAUCCAACUCCGUUGCCUGUUCCGGUUAGGUUUGGAAUUUUGAUUCCUGUUCCUCCGAGCUCUUUGCAAUAUGCUUGUCUCUCCGUCCGUCGCAAUUUAAAUAAUCGCACAAUCGUUAGCAGGGGCUGUGCCACACUGAGGACAAAUGUCCCCGAAACGUGCGACUACGCAACAAACGGUAGACACAAAAGUUGUGCAGUCUGCAUUGGAUCGCUUUGCAAUGGCAACAACUAA